UCACCCCUCCCCAUCCCUUGAGCGGCGGCGCACCUCCCGGCGCCUUGAGCUCCCUCCUUGAGGUCCCGGCCUCCCGGGGGACGGGCUGACCGUCACCGAAGCGACAGGGACAGGGACAGGGACAGGUGGAUCUCGCUAAUUCGUCAACAAAGAAGGGCCUCCAUGGAAGUGGAAGAAGCACCAGGCGAACUUGGGGGCGCCGGCAAGGACGAGGAGGCGGCGGAGUACCAUUCGCACGACUUCGAGUGGGAGGACCUCAGGGAGGAGGUGGAAUCCGACCCCACCUUCUCCUACCACCUCUCCCCCUUUCCCGGCCCCGCCGCGAGCACCACCUUGCCGCCGCAGCCGUCGUCGGAGGCCUGGAGAAGCUUCCACCGUCGCCACGCGUCUGGCAAGUUCUUCAAGGAAAGGAGAUAUUUGCUUAAGGAAUUUCCUGAAUUACCCAACAGCAAAGAUUGUGCCAAGAUUUUAGAAGUGGGAUGUGGGAAUGGAAGUACUGCUGUUUCCAUACUGCGGUCUAGUGAAAGCAUCACUGUCUUUGCUUGUGACUGUAGUAAAGACACUCUUGAGAAGGCAAAUGAGAUUAUAUCUAAUACAAAAGGGAUUGAUAUCAAGGAUAGAUUCCACCCCUUUUUAAUGGAUGUUUCUAAAGAAAUUUUUCCAGAUUGGUUAUUCUGCAAUGCCUGUAAAAGUUCACAUGAUAGUCAUCAUGAAAUGAGAAAAGAGCGCCCAGACUUCCUGAGAGAGAAUCAAUGUUGUGUUGGUGGCAUGGAUUUUAUCACCAUGAUAUUCACAUUAUCAGCCAUACCCUUCGCCAUAAUGCCAAGAACUAUAGAGCAAUGUGUUUCUGUUCUGAAACCAGGUGGCCUUCUUCUGUUUAGGGACUAUGGUCUUUAUGACAUGACGAUGCUUCGGUUCUUAGCUCAUCAAAGAGUAGGAUUUCGGGAAUAUAUGCGGUCAGAUGGCACCUUGUCAUACUUCUUCACAUUAGACACUGUGAGAGAACUCUUUCAUGCUGCUGGGUUAAUAGAGUUGGAGCUGGAAUACUGCUGUGUCAAGUCAGUGAACCGAAAGAACGGGAAGAAGAUGCAGCGGGUAUGGGUGCAUGGGAAAUUCCUGAAGCCACCAAGCUGACGCUGACAAACCGUGAAUGUUGUGUUCCAACAAACUUCCACUGCUGUGGCAAUUCUUUACCCCUUGCUUCAACACCAGCCAUUCUAGCCACGAGUCCCUUGUGCAGAUUGCCUGACCACUCAUUCUGUCUUCAUAGUUGCAGACUAGCAUUGUCUUGGGGGACUGGAAUGUCGUUUUGAUAGGGCUCUGUUUGAGCCUCACGCCGUGAUGAGGUAGGAAGGCGGAGUCACUGUCGGUGUGCAUGCACCGUGGAGUGAUAGCUCAAGCUGGAAUAUUUUUUUUCGGUUUUGCUUUCAUGUAGGCGUGCAGGGUUAUCAGAUUUUGUUCAGCCUGUUUAUUCCAUUUUCCUAAACAUGCUUGAGGAUCCAGUGCAAUUGAAGUUCAGCUUCCACUGGAGUGCUUCAGUUUCAAACUAAAAUUUGAUGAAAGCCUCAUCCCUUCCUUUUAGGAUGAAACGGCUGGAAAGUGGAUCACUACUUUGAUUU